CCUGCGCUCUCCUCCAAGCUAAUCAUGGCGGCCCUCAACGAUGAAGCCGCUGCUAAGAAAAAGAGGAAAAGGAUUAACGGGAAAAAGAAGCUUCUCAUCCAUGAUAAAGUUGAGGUAAGGAGUACGGAAGAGGGGUUUCUGGGCUCUUGGCAUGCUGGAACUGUGGUUGGAUGUGGAGAAUUGCGUCGUCGCAUCAAGUAUGAUGAAAUCUUAGAUGAUGAUGGUUCUGAACGUUUGGUUGAAUGGGUAAAGGUGAGUCCUGUGCUGGAUGGGCUUGUUCGUGGGAAUCAAGCGACAAGCAAUUGUUGCCGUGGCAAUAUAAGGCCAUUGCCCCCUUCGGUUGAUUUCCAAAAGUGGUCUCUUCAUUAUGGACAGUGUGUCGACGUGUUUGUACAGGAUGCCUGGUGGGAAGGUGUGAUUUUUGACCAUGAGGAUGGCUCCGAUCAGCGGAAAGUCUUCUUUCCGGAUAUGGGUGACGAAGUUAAGGCUCAAAUAGAGACGUUCCGCAUCACUCGGGAGUGGGAUGACAUUACUGAUGAAUGGAGACCUCGAGGCAAUUGGUUGCUUCUCGAAUUGAUUGAGGAAGUUGAGCUAGAGUGGCCUCUUCUUGUUUCAGUGAAGCAAAUUUGGUAUGAAAUACGAGUCAAAAUGGAAUUUGGCAAACUUAAGGAAUGGACGUCUUCUUCAAGGGAUAUUUGGAGACAACUGCUGUUGCAAGUUCUAUCCACGAGUUAUAAGCUAACUGUGAAGCAAAUUUUUCAUGAACUAAACUCUUCAGAAAACUCGACAGAGGAAGGCCAGCCAUUAUUUGAAUUCUCUGCAAAUGCACUUGAUGCAAUUCUUGACCCCGAAAGCAUUUUUUCUGACUCUAUGGCUAUUGUUCCCUAUGGAACUAAUUGCCAGUUGGAAACUCAUGCAGCGCUGUCUGCUGAUUUGAACCCUUCUGAAGAGCAAAAUGCUCCCAAUGCUUUGGCUUGUAUCGGCUGGGUAGAAAUGGAUAACUCCACUCAUUCAAUGAAAAGGCCCAAUGAACUACCCUGUGUUCAGGCUCCUGCUUUUUCAGGGUUACCUCCCAACCCAGAUCACAGUCCUGAAGCUGAGUCAGGUGCAAAGAGUGGAAGGUGCCCUACGAGCUCCGACAAGCUGAAUGGGAAGCUGAAAGCUUCAGGCGAUAGAACAAAACUACAGUGGCUUCCUGCUGGAAUCGACAUGGUUCCAGGAACUGCAUGUUGCCCUGGUUCAGUAACUGAUUAUAUUCAGAAGUGUAAGUUGAACUUUAAAUCUCGGGCUGCUUCAACGUUGGAAGUUAGGAUGCAUAUUUCAUACUUGGGCUGGAAAAUUCAGUUUGCAAGAGAUAAAGCAGUAACUAGAAUGCGAUACAUCUCCCCCGAAGGUGAGAUUCACUAUUCACUCUAUCAGGUUUGUCUGAGAUUGCAACCUGGAUCAGAUGUUCCUUCCCGGAUAUGCCAAGAUGAUGAAAGUAACAGUGAUGAUCCUGUAGAAAGCUCGGUCUCAUCUUCAUUAACUGUGAUCCCAAAAGCAGACACUGGGGCACUGAAAGUGCUUUCUUGUUCUGAACCGGUUUAUUUUGAACGCGAUAAUUGUCCUGAAGCUGUGCUGAACUAUUCGAAUUGGAGAGGGACAACUUGUCAUGGACAGAAUGGUGCAAAGGGUGGUAUUAUGGCUUUAAAGGCUAAAAGGCACCUAUCCUUUCUGGGUUGGAAGUUCUAUCUCGAACCAAAGGGGUUUAAGAAGGAGAUGAGGUAUGGAUCCCCAUGCGGUAAAAAAUUUUACUCUCUUCGAAGUGCCUGCCACUGGUGCGUAACUGAAGGGAGAAUUCAUCUUAGUAAUGAUGCUUAUAACAGUAAACAAAUCAAGGAACCAUUUGCAAGCCAAGAAUGUGGAGUCCAGCUGACUUUGACAGAUCCAUCUCCUCCAUCAAAUGCUAUGGUAUCAGAAGGACAUGUGAAUGAUGAUCUGUCAAAACAGCUGCUAAUAGAGUCAUCUUCAAAAACAUCACAGCCAAAGCAACUUGCUCAACAAGGUCAAGUCAAAUGUCAUGGAAUUAGAGGACCAGAAAGGAAGAGAAAUCAUUGCUUGCUACAACAAUCCUUGGCUGCUCUUCACACAGGCCCCCAAAAUGAGGACUCAUAUUUGCUUGAUGAUGUUAAAGAAUCUCAGGCUUCAGCCAAACAAAGAGAUGAUGUGAAUGCAGAAAUGUCUUCCUGUGUGUUGCGAUCAAGUAAAAGGGCUCGGCAAUCAGUUGUUUCUCCUUCAAUUCACCAGACUCCUAGGACUACCUUGUCUUGGUUGAUCGAUAAUAAUGUAGUUUUACCAAGAGCAAAAGUGCAUUACCGAGGGAAAAAGGAUGGCCGCGUCAUGAAAGAAGGAAAAAUAACCCGUGAAGGAAUCAAAUGCACUUGCUGCCAAAAAGUUUUUACUCUCAGCAAGUUUGAGGCGCAUGCUGGCAGCAAUUAUCAUAGACCUUCAGCAAAUAUAUUUUUGGAGGAUGGUAGGUCAAUAUUUCAGUGCCUGUUGAAACUAAAAGGUGAGACGAAUAAAAGAAAAAUAAGAUCAGAACCUCAUGAAAUGAAGGGUCAUAGUCUUCACAAUGACCAUAUUUGUUCUGUCUGUCACUAUGGUGGCGAAUUGGUCUUAUGUGAUCAGUGUCCAUCAUCCUUUCAUACAAUUUGCCUGGGUUUAAAGGAGGUUCCCGAUGGCGAUUGGUUCUGCCCAUCCUGCUGUUGUGGAAUUUGUGGCCUGAGCCGAUUGAAUGAAGACACAGGACGACCUGUAGAUGACAGGCUUAUCAACUGUGGUCAGUGUGAACGUCAGUAUCAUAUAGAGUGCUUAAAAAAGAAGGGUCUUGUUAAGCGUGACUGUCAUCCGGAAAGGAAUUGGUUUUGCAAUGAAAAAUGUGAACAGAUACAUCUGAGUCUCCACAAUCUCCUAGGAAAACCAAUUCCCGUGGGGCAUGAUAAUCUUACUUGGACAUUGUUAAAGUACAAAAAUGCUGAAGAUUCUGAUCAAGAUGGUUUGGAUAAUGAGCAUUUGAUGGAAAGCUAUAGCAAGCUUAAUAUUGCUCUCAGUGUAAUGCAUGAGUGUUUUGAACCCAUGAAAGAGCCUCGCACCAAAAGGGAUCUUGUGGAAGAUGUUAUAUUUAGCAGAUGGUCAGAGUUGAACCGUUUAAAUUUUCAGGGGUUCUAUACUGUGGUAUUAGAAAGAGAUGAUGACUUGAUUACUGUGGCUACUGUAAGGGUCUAUGGGGAGAAAGUUGCUGAGAUCCCCCUUGUUGCCACACGUUUUCAAUAUCGCCGCCUUGGAAUGUGCCGUAUUAUGAUGAAUGAGCUUGAAAAGAAACUCAUCGAAUUAGGAGUUCAGAGGCUGGUUUUGCCUGCUGUGCCUAGUGUGCUAAGCACUUGGGAAACCUCAUUUGGGUUCUCAAGGAUGACUGAAUCUGAGAGAUUAAACUUUCUGGACUGCACUUUCCUUGAUUUCCAGGGGAGUCACAUGUGCCAAAAACUAUUGAAGAACACCCAGUGUACAGAACUUAUCCAAUUAACAGGAGUUCAGCAAAAGCUGUCCCCUCAUUCUGGUGAAAAAGACAAUGACUUGGAAGCCAGGGGUGCUGCUUCUGAGGUACUUCAAGCAGAGCAAGUUGAGGAUAUUGAAGUGGUGGAUCAAGGAGCUGCAGAUCUUCUGAGAGAAAUUGGCAGCAACAAUAGCAGUGUUGUCACUCCUUCAGUUAUUGUGGUGAACCAACCACCUGAACCAGUGAACCAGCCACCUGAACUUGUGAACCAGCUGGCUGAACCGGUGAACCAAUCCCCUCUCUUUAAUUUCUUGUCAUGCCAGAAUGAAAUUAAUCUGGGGUACUCGGUGGGAGCAAGUGGUCAAAGAAAUCACAUUUUCAAGUGCUACAAACGGAGAAGAUUAGCUACUUGUGGAAGUUAAACUGCCUUCUACGAUAAGAGCAAAUACAAGUUCAGUUGUCAUAGAGCCAAGAGAAAUCUUGUGAGCCUGUUUUUUGACUCUUGAUGGGCUUCAAAUUUUUGUGUAGAAUGUGCAGUCUCCUCUGUAAAUGGUAAAGUAGAAAGGAGUCGCAAGAACUUCAAGUCUCAGGCUCUUGUUAAUUCAUGUAUAUUCCAGUAGUUCAAGUCUGUAGAUCCCCGCGAAGCUCAUUUUGGUUUCUGGAAGUUAUCAUGGGUAGAAAACUAGAAACUACAAACUAAGCCGAAGAAGCAAUGGA